AUGGCCCCAUAUGAGAUGUUGUAUGGUAGGAAGUGUAGAACCCCGGUGUGUUGGGGUGAAGUGGGUCCACGUGAACUAGCCCACAAAGAAGUUGUCCAAGCCACUAACAAGAAAAUCGAGGUGGUGCGAGCUCACCUGAAAGCUGCCCAAGAUAGGCAAAAGUCUUAUUUAGACAAAAGACGAAGACCGAUUGAAUUUCAAGUAGGCGACAUGGUUAUGUUGAAGGUAUCUCCAUGGAAAGGCGUGAUCCGAUUCAGGAAGAAAGGGAAACUAAGCCCGAGAUUUAUCGGACCACUUAAAAUCAUCGAACGAGUCGGUAAGGUAGCGUAUCGCCUUGAGUUACCGGAAGAAUUGAGCGGAAUACAUGGCACGUUUCAUGAGUCACAAUUGCAAAAAUGUCUAGCGGAGGAAACGGCUUAUAUCUAUUACGAUGAUAUCGAAGUGGAUAAUAGCCUUAAUUAUGCAGUAAAGCCAUUAGAGAUUCUAGACCGAAAAGUUAAAGACUUGCGAAACAAGAGAAUUGAUCAAGUCAAGAUCAAAUGGGAGCAUAGGAAGGGCUCGGACACUACAUGGGAGUCCGAAGAGGAGAUGCGGCACCUCUAUCCGCCAUUAUUUGAUGUGAAAAUUUCUAUGAACAUGAUUAAUUGA